GAAUGUAUUUCCAAAGUUUCAAAACCAAAAUCAAAUCCUAAAGGUCCCUAAGAAGUCAUCAAAGUGAUGCGCUCUAAUGGUACGAAAAGCAGGUAUAUGAGCGCGCACGCUUUCCGGCCUUUACCUUUCGAUUUCUUGUGCAAAAAUACUUAUUAGUUUGCUUUCUGAGUAGUAGAUGGCACUUUUAUUGUUCAGAAGAAAAUAUUGUAACUUAUUCGACCUAUAUAAUGUGUAUAACCAUAAUAUUUUGUUUCCAAACAAACAGCUGAGAGACAACUCACUAACAGUAUAUCGUUCUUUGCUGUGUCGCAGUCUUUAAUUAUCGCUUGUUUUAUAUUAUUUACAAAAAUGAUGCGUAAAGUUACAAAGGAUGAGCCAAACCGUCGUCUUAACCGGGCUCGUCAUCGGCGAUUUGAAGACAAUCAGUUUACGAGUGUACCGAACGUGGAAGUCGAUGAGGAAGUGAGCGAGGAAGCUAGCGCGUCUGCAAAAAAAUUGAAGGCGUCAGCGGGAGAUGUUAUUGUAAACCCUAGCAUGUGUUAUCGAAUUAUUGAAUUUAUCAGUGUUUUCUCUGCUCUCGCUAAUUUACUUGUCUGUAAAGUGUGCAAGCAAAAAGUUAAAUUUGGACAAUCAGGGGUGCGUUCCAAAAUCCUACCUUAGUAACCUCGCUAGUUCUGGGAGUGGAAGGGAUUGUGGUUAACCAAGGUAGUAGUCGUUUUGGAACGAACGUGGUACAUACAACUAUGGCGGAAAACAGAAAACGGGCUAUAUUGGGAGCUUUUGCUGUUAGUCAGCAUUUUUGUAAUAUUUUAAAAGAUAUGGAAAGUGAUAGUGAUGGUGGAAGUGAUGAAGAUUUGGUAUUUGAAUUUAUAAAUAUUGAGAGAAAUCUAAGAAUGCUUGGCAAAAGAAGGAAAGCAAUUCGUGUGGAAGGUUUUGUAGAAUUUAUAAUACCAAGAUUCCGUGGAAAACAGUUCAAAGAACAUUUUAGAAUCAAACCAGCAGUUUUUGAUUACGUUGAAAAUAUAUUAGGAAAUAUGUUACUAAAGCAAGAAGCUACUGGUCGCUCAACAAUAUCAAUUCGGAAACAAUUAUUAGCUACUCUUUGGCUAUUGGCUACUCCAGAUUCCUAUAGAUCUAUUGGAGUUAAGUUUGAUUUGGGAAAAUCAUCACUCUCUCAUUGCGUUAGAAGAGUGGUGAAAGCUUUAAAUACAUUAUCAGCUGAGAUUAUAUCUUGGCCAAAAGACGAUAAUUUAUUAAAUACAAAAGCCGCAUUCCAAAAAAUUGCAAGACUUCCAAGUGUUAUUGGAGCUAUAGAUGGCUCACAUAUUGAAAUUCCUGCCCCGAAAGUUGACCCUGAAGCAUAUAUUACACGCAAAUGCAGAUACGCAGUUAUUUUGCAGGCAGUAUGCGAUGCAGAUCUACGAUUCAUUGAUUGCUUCACAGGAUAUCCUGGGUCUGUGGGAGAUAUGCGGGUAUUUAGAAAUAGUGAUCUAUGGCAUGCUGUCCGUAGGAAUAGGAACAACUUCUUCCCAGGUGAAGAGUUCAUCGUAGGCGACAAGGCUUAUCCUGUUUUAGGAUGGUGUUUGCCUCCAUAUAAAGACAAUGGUCAUCUUACGAGGGUACAAAAAAAUUUCAACAAACAUUGUACUGCAGCUAGACAAGUCAUUGAGCGAGCUUUCUCCCUGUUGAAAGGCAGAUUCCGACGAUUGAAAUAUUUAUAUAUGAAUCGCGUAGAUUUGAUUCCAGAAACCAUUAUAGCGUGUUGCGUUCUUCACAAUAUAUGUAUUAACAAUGUAGACGAAGAUAUUGAUGAUUAUAUCUUAGAAGACGAAGCAGUAAAUAAUGAAAUUUUCAUGCAAGAUAAUAAUGAGAGAUACAAUGAGGAAGAAGACAUGGAAGGAAUUAAUAAAAGAGAUAUUAUAGCUGAAAUAUUACCUGUGUUGGAUUAA